AAUCUCAGGUUCAGAGAGGAUCGAAUAUGAUAAUAUUUUUUUAUUUUUAUAUGAUGAUACUAGUAGUGUAUUUUUGGAUCCUUUUGGAUAACUGUCAACAUUUUGAUCUCUAUCUCUAAAAUAAUGGAUCCUAGAAACAUUUGACAGUUGUUAUUUUGGUCUUCUAGUCUUUCAUCUUUGCUCUUGCUCUGUUUCUCUUCCUCCUCUGUUAUUGACUUCUUACCAAUCCAAUGGAAAUUACCGGCGAACCAAUUCGGGUCCAAUCCCUGAUUCAAUCGGGUCUAUCCCACGUCCCACAUCAAUACAUCCAACCCCUUCAAAACCGACCCAUUCAAACCGAUCCCAAUUCCAACAUCCCCACCAUCGACCUCUUCAACUUCAACACCAACCACCGCAGUUCAAUCCGUCAAUCAAUCGGACACGCCUGCCGUCAAUGGGGCGCCUUCCACGUCACCAACCACGGAAUCCCCACAACUCUCCUCCACUCCGUUCGUAACUCCGGCCUCGCCUUCUUCAACGACUGCCCAAUGUCAGAGAAACUCAAAUACCCCUGCACACCCGGCGCCGCCGCAUCGGAGGGAUACGGAAGCCGGAUGCUGGCCACCUCUGAUAAGGAACAAAACGACGCCGUCUCAGAGAUCCUUGAUUGGAGAGACUACUUCGAUCACCACACUUUUCCACUUUCUCGCCGGAACCCUAAUAAUUGGCCGAAUUUUACUUCUGAUUAUAGGGAAUCAGUGGCAAAGUACAGUGAUGAGAUGAAAAUUCUAGCGCAAAAGUUACUAGCUUUGAUAUCAGAGAGUCUUGGGUUGCAAUCCUCUUGCAUUGAAGAUGCUGUUGGGGAAUUUUAUCAGAAUAUUACUAUCAGCUAUUAUCCGCCGUGUCCGCAACCGGACUUAACGCUUGGUUUGCAAUCACAUUCUGAUAUGGGUGCUAUUACCCUUUUGAUUCAAGAUAAUGUGGGUGGUCUUCAGGUUCUCAAGGAUGGUGAUGGUGGUGAGAGGUGGGUUACUGUGCAGCCAGUGUCAGAUGCUAUUCUUGUUCUUUUGGCUGAUCAAACCGAGAUUAUAACAAAUGGAAAGUACAGAAGCUGUGUGCAUAGAGCAGUUACUAAUCCUGAUAGACCAAGGCUCUCCGUGGCAACAUUUCAUGACCCAGCUAAGACAGCCAAGAUCUCUCCUGUUUCUGAACUAAUCAAUGAUUCAUCACCAGCUAAAUAUCGGGGUGUUGUUUAUGGAGACUACGUAUCAUCAUGGUAUACCAAAGGCCCUGAAGGAAAACGAAAUAUCGAUGCACUUGUUAUUGAAUCUUAAGUUGGUGUUUUCUUUUUUGGACCUUGUAGCUCAACUUUGUUUAUAGCUCGAUCUUGUUUUAGACUAGAAAAGUAUAUGGGAUGGAAGGUAGUAAAUUAUGAUUGCAGAAUAAGCCAAAUUUGUAAAUUUGAACAAUAAAUCAGUUGCUCAAAAUACCAUAUACUACUAUUGAUUGAUUAGUGCAAGCUAUUUUUAACAAUGUGAGGGUUAAGCAUUCCAGAAAUCCAUAUAUUCAUUUGA